AUGUGCACGCUGCUGCGCCACAGCGGGCUGGCGCUUUCCUCCUCCAUGUAUGGUGUCAUGCAUAUUGCUGAAGCUACAGCAACACCUACAUGUGUUUAUGCUGCUGAGUUAAAUAUUCUGGUUGACACUGGAAGCAGCAAUUUUGCUGUAGCAGGUGCACCUGAUCCUGAUGUCACCUCCUACUUCAAUCCAGAGCUGUCAAGUACAUAUAAGUCUCAAGGGAUUGAUGUCACAGUUAAGUACACUCAAGGAAGCUGGACUGGAAUGUUGGGUACAGAUGUCAUUACUAUCCCAAAAGGAAUUAAUGGCAGCUACACUAUCAACAUUGCUACCAUUCUUGAAUCAGAGAAUUUCUUCUUGCCAGGGGUUAAGUGGCAUGGGAUUCUUGGUCUUGCCUAUGAUGCAUUAGCCAAGCCUUCAAGUUCUGUGGAGACGUUCUUUGAUUCUCUUGUGAGGCAGGCAAAGAUCCCCAACAUCUUCUCCUUGCAGAUGUGUGGUGCUGGACUACCUGUUUCUGGAAGUGGUACCAACGGAGGUAGUCUUGUUCUGGGUGGAAUUGAACCAAGUCUGUACCAGGGUGAUAUCUGGUAUACGCCUAUCAAAGAAGAGUGGUAUUAUCAGGUUGAAAUUCUCAAGCUGGAAGUUGGAGGUCAGAAUCUCGAGUUGGACUGCAGAGAGUAUAAUGCAGAUAAAGCAAUAGUAGACAGUGGUACCACCCUCCUCCGGCUGCCACAGAAAGUCUUCAGUGCUGUCGUGCAAGCCAUAGUUCGCACAUCCCUGAUACAAGAAUUCUCUUCUGGUUUCUGGACUGGUUCACAGCUUGCAUGCUGGGAUAAAACUGAAAGACCCUGGUCCUUAUUUCCCAAACUUUCCAUUUACCUGAGGGAUGAAAACUCCAGUAGGUCGUUUCGGAUCUCUGUCCUACCACAGCUUUAUAUUCAACCCAUUCUUGGGAUUGGAGAGAAUCUACAGUGCUACAGAUUUGGUAUCUCUUCCUCCACGAAUGCCCUAGUUAUUGGUGCUACAGUCAUGGAAGGCUUCUAUGUAAUAUUUGACAGAGCUCAGAGGAGAGUGGGCUUUGCAGUGAGUCCAUGUGCAGAAGUCGGUGGCUCUCCAGUAUCUGAGAUUGAAGGCCCUUUCACAACAGCAGAUGUUGCAAGCAACUGCGUUUCUAGCGUUUCUUUCCAUGAACCAGUGUUGUGGAUCGCCUCCUACGCUCUCAUGAGCUUGUGCGGAAUUAUCCUCCUGGUACUGAUCAUCCUACUGCUUAUUCCACCGCGGUGUCAGCACCGCUACACUGACAAUGAUGUGGUCAAUGACGAAUCCUCCUUAGUGCGUCAUCGAUGGAAAUGAGAAACUUGAUCACGAAACCUGGAACUUAAAUACAAUGAAGAAUAAAGUACUUUGCCAAGGAGAAGAAGCCAACACCUCAGUCCUUUCUACAUCCAUUACAAACUGCUGUUGUAAUCCCUCCAAAUAUCCUGCAUCAUGAUUUUUUAAGCUUUAUUUUCUAACACUGAUUCUGAACCAAAGCACUAUUAACCACCUCUUAAGUGCUACUGUACUGGAUUUGCUACUGUAGUACAAUGAGCCUUUAUGCUCUCAUUGGUACCUUCUUUUUUAAAAAAAGGAAAAGAACAAAACACACCAUGAUGUUCUUCCACUAUCUGAACAAAAUUAUCCUUCCCUCUUUCACAAAAAAGGAGCUGUCAAAAGUUUCUAACUAAUCAAGCCUUGAAUGUAGAAAAAGAGAGAAAAAGUAUAAAUUUUAAUAAUUCCUCUUCUUAAUCACAUUAAAUGAAUUCAGUUUUGUGUUUA